CAAUUAGUGACUUUGCAGAUUCAUUAUUUAAAGGCAGCUGGAGGGCAAUUGACACAAAACUCUCCUGCUGACUGCAGCCCGAAGACUGAAGCAGAGUAGUCUCAGGGAUCUCCAACAUCUCUACCCCAACAGAAUGAAAUACGCACAGUAUGUUUUCCUGGCCUCGGUCUUCUCCACUGUUGAAUACAGCCUAGCUCAGACCUGUGCAGUGGAGUCUUUCUCUGUGAAAGACAAUUUUGAUCCAAAAAGGUAUGCAGGGAAAUGGUAUGCCCUGGCCAAGAAGGAUCCAGAAGGCCUUUUCCUUCAGGACAACAUUUCUGCUGAAUACACCGUGGAGGAAGAUGGCACAAUGACAGCAUCUUCCAAAGGCCGAGUGAAGCUUUUUGGGUUCUGGGUGAUCUGUGCUGACAUGGCUGCUCAGUAUACAGUACCUGACCCAACCACUCCAGCAAAAAUGUACAUGACCUACCAAGGCCUGGCCAGCUACCUCUCCAGUGGUGGGGACAACUACUGGGUGAUUGACACUGACUAUGAUAACUAUGCCAUUACCUAUGCCUGCCGCAGUCUAAAGGAGGACGGGUCCUGUGACGAUGGCUACUCCCUGAUCUUCUCACGCAAUCCCCGUGGCCUCCCCCCAGCUAUUCAGCGCAUUGUGCGUCAGAAGCAGGAAGAAAUCUGCAUGUCUGGCCAGUUCCAGCCUGUGCUUCAGUCAGGUACUUCAGGCUAAUUAGCAUACUCACUGAAAUGGCUGCACUGGCUUGUAGAGUAGGUGAUCACAUUUACUAUAAAUGCAACAGAACCGUAGGAAAUAAGUUGUCUUUUAGUACCUUUUUUAAAUGUUGUAUCUAAUAAGAAAGUAGCUGCAAAGGGAAGACCAUGCAAGGGUGAGAGCCUGUUACAGGGUGAUUCUGCAGCCUUAAGUUUGCCCUUACAGGAAUCCUGUUUGCUGAAACUGGCACACUACCAAAGGAAGAUCAGCUUUGUUACUCUAAUAGAUAGGAUAGGGACGGGUGUUAAGAGCCUGGUGUUUCUGCACUUGGCCACCUGGAUAACAGCACCUUACCUUAGGUCUGUGCACUGUCCUCCAGGAAAGGAGGGGAAGCUGCCUCUAGGAAGGAGCACCCUCACUCUUCUUAGCUCCACCAUGAUUUGUGUCCUGGACAGUCCUGGGAGUAGCAGAGAUGAGGGACCCUGAGCAGCUGUUCUGACUGUGUCUGCUGGCAGUGGGAGUCAGCAGUUGUACCACAUACAGGCGAACAGAGUGUGUCUAAAGCCCAUUUUGAGAGAACUUUUUUUUCUGGAGGCAUGGGAGCUGAUCUUCUAGCUCAUAGGCUGUCCAUGUGAUAGGCAGAUAACUUUUUAGGUCUAUGCUGGAGGCAGAAAUUUCUCUCUGUUGGCAGCUGAGUGCCCACACCCUUGACACGCACACUGCCUUGCUGGAGAUGGACCCUUUACUAAGCCAGGCCCGAGGACCUGCACUGGGGGAUUGCCGCAGUAACAACACACGUGUUCUGCACUGCUAGACAAGAAAUAGCAGCUAAAACCUCCUUAAUGGCACAUCAUUGUGUGAGGCAGUCCUCCACUACAGAGCAGGUGCUGGUAUCGUCCAAGGUUAUGGGACUGGUAUGGGCAUCCCUGCCCCAUGCCCCUCCAUAUUGCUUACUGUAGCAGGGGGAGGGUGGUUGGUUUGCGGGGUCAUGCCUAGGCACUCACGUAAGCUGAAAACUCAUGGCUAGCUGUGAGUAGCAAAGGCUGCGCAAGUGCUAUGC